CCCCGUCCCUCUUUACUUAGGACUAGGGGAUCAAUUUCAUGCUGGAAAUUCGGCCGUUUGAUCCUUUUUCCUUUUCCCACUCAAUGAAUGUUUCUGAUACAAUCUUUCUUUAACUACUCCACCGCGGCAUCUGAUCCAAUCUUUCUUUAACUACUCCACCACGGCAUAUCCAAAUACACCGUUCAUCUGCUGAUUUUUUAUGAUUCGAUUGUUUUAAGAAUAUUGGAGGUUUUCUUUUUCCCUUUCUACAUUAAAAUUUCUCUCCCAAGUUUAAAGUUUUCGAUCUUGCCUUUUUUCUUUCUUGAAUUCAAAGGAACUUGUACACAUAAAUGACUGUUUACGAGCCAGAUCCUGAUGUAGUAAGGUGGAAUCUCCACCUUAUAGAUGUUUGUGAUAUAAACAACGGUGGUUCUGUCGGAACUAUUACUCAGUAUGACAGGGAUUUUUCUCAACUUGGGUAUGUUAUGGAAGGUUAUUCUGAGCCUACACAUACUAACGUGGAGAAUGAUGAGGUAAUUGCCCGUGCUCUUCAGGAGGAACUAUCGCGCCUUUCAUUCGAGGAAUCUAUAGGAUCUUCACACACUCACCAAGAACAUCGAAAAACGUCAGUUCUUGAUGGCAAUGAGGAAGACACAAAUAGCAACAACAUAUCCAGUGUAGUCUUACAAGUGGGGUCCGGGAAGAGCAGUGUGCACACAGAUCUUACCCAAGAAAAAGCAUAUCAAAGCAGUGCGGAAAAAGAGGAAGACACAGAUAGUAAUGGAAUGAUUACUUUUUGCCCUCUUGCAGUUACAUCAUCCAAUUGGGAUCAAGAAGAAAUUUCACCAGAGAUAGAGGAUGAGUCUCUUCUUGAUGAUGAAGUUGGGAAACGUUUGAAUCAGUUGGCUGCCAUCCCUCAUGUUCCCAAAGUUAAUGGAGAUAAUAUACCCUCAGUAGAUGAAGCCAAAUCAGAUCAUCAAAGGUUGAUGGACAGGUUGAAAGUAUAUGAUCUAUUUGAGUUAAAAGUUUCUGGAGAUGGCAACUGUCUGUUCCGCUCAUUGUCAGACCAAAUAUAUCGCAGUACUGAAUAUCACAAAUUUGUGAGGGAACAAGUUGUUAAACAACUCAAGUCCAAUAGGGAGUUGUAUGAGGGUUAUGUUCCUAUGGUCUAUGAUGAAUACUUGAAGAAAAUGAGCAAGGUUGGCGAAUGGGGUGAUCAUGUAACUUUGCAGGCUGCUGCAGAUUCAUAUGGUGUUAAGAUAUUUGUCAUUACAUCAUUUAAGGACACUUGCUACAUUGAGAUUAUUCCACAAUGUCAGAAGUCAAACAGAAUCAUAUUUUUGAGCUUUUGGGCUGAAGUGCACUACAAUUCGAUCUAUCCACAAGGAGAAUAUCCUGCUGGAGAAACAAGAAAAAGAAAAAAAUGGCGGUGGCUAGGUUGAGCCUUGAGUAGCACUUACCACCUUCUUUUGGAACAGCGCACCUUAUCACUAGAAUUAGGGGCUUUGUGAUAACAACUCAUUGUAUAUAUUAUUCUCUUUAUCUUUCUUUGAAGUAUACAACAAUUUUGCAUA